UGUCUCAGGAAGAAAAAUGUGAAAAGUGCAUCAACGCGCUGCAGUCCCUGCGGAUCGAUUAAUUUGACUUUUUAACUUUGAGGACAAACGAAGCCAAUAAUCUACAAAAGAGCAAAGGAAUGCAGUUAGACACAUUUAUGAAAAAACAGUGAUUGCUCACUGCGACGUCCAUCCAAUUCUGCACAAAUAACUUUGGGCUUUGACAGUUUUAAGCAAAUUCACUAUUCACGCGACAUGGAGUCUGAAAUUACAAGGACAGAAAUCAUUAAAAUAACCGCAAAAUUGGUACUUCUCUCAGCAUUCUCAUAUUACUCCAUGAAGUGGCUGAUAAAUCAACUGGACCCAACUAACAAACAGAAGAACCAAGCAAAAGCAAAGGCCACUGAUCUUAUGAAAAAGAUUGGGAUCCAGGUCAAGAGACAGCUCUCAGAACAUGAGCUGAUGAUUGCGACUCAUUUGGUUGAUCCUAAAGACAUAAAAGUGUCGUGGAGUGACAUUGCAGGCUUGGACGAUGUCAUUGAAGAGAUCCAAGAAACGGUCAUCUUUCCCAUAACAAGGAAGGAUUUACUUGCUGAGUCAAGACUCAGUCAGCCACCGAAGGGCGUCCUUUUGCAUGGCCCUCCGGGCUGUGGUAAAACCCUCAUUGCCAAGGCAACAGCAAAAGAAGCAGGAGCUCGUUUUAUUAAUCUGGACGUGUCUAUUUUGACUGACAAGUGGUACGGAGAAAGUCAGAAAUUGGCAGCGGCUGUGUUUUCGUUGGCCAUUGAACUGCAACCAUGCAUCAUUUUCAUUGAUGAAAUUGAUUCGUUUUUAAGAGUUCGGAGUUCCCAAGACCAUGAAGCAACCGCCAUGAUGAAGGCUCAGUUUAUGAGCUUAUGGGAUGGGCUCAUCACAGACCCCAACUGUGUCGUGAUAGUCAUGGGCGCAACAAACAGACCUCGAGACUUGGACCAAGCCAUUCAAAGGCGAAUGCCUUCUAUGUUCCACGUUGGCCUACCUAACCGAAAACAAAGGCUGCAAAUCUUGAAACUGAUUCUUGAUAAUGAACCAAUCGGAGAGGAUGUUGAUUUGGAAAACAUAGCAAAGAUCACAGAAAGCUUCUCUGGAUCUGAUUUACACGAGCUGUGUCGAAGCGCCUCGGUUUACAGAAUGAGAGACUUCAUGCGAUCAACUACUAGGAAUCGCACUGCAGUGAUAAAUGGAAGCAGCCAAGAAGGUGAUGAAGCUAUGCGAUCCAUUAAUAUGGACGAUUUGAGAAAGUCGUUCAGUAAAAUUAGAGAAUCGAAGGUACGCAGCAAUAACGGUUUAGUGGCUUCUUCUUCAGACAUGGACUAGUGGAAUUAUUUUCACAUAGUUUACCAAGAUAAUUCAGUUUUAUUUAACGCUUCAUGAGUUUGGGACAGUUGUGUUGUGAUUAUUUUUUAUUUGGUUAUUUCCUAGAAUUUUAAUUAAGACUCCUAGCUGUGCUCAGGAAGUUAAUCAACCACGCAACGCGUAAGAUUAAGCAAAAUUGACUCUAUAAUUUUUCUGAUUUGUGUUCAUGAUUUUUUUUGUAGUGUUAUAAAUAUUUGAUAUUAACUAUAAAUGAAAAUAAUAGAACAAAUAAAUAAAAGCAACCUGCUUCUGCUUGAACA